AUGCCUGCACGUCACCUGGAUCCAGAACUCCGUCGCCACCAGAGGACGAGAGUCCACCUGACAGUCCAGACUUCAGAUGAUCUGAACUGGAUCCUGACCUCAGUCACAGGUAGAUGUUAUCUGAACUGGAUCCUGACCUCCGUCACAGGUAGAUAUUAUCUGAACUGGAUCCACACCUCCGUCACAGGUAGAUGUUAUCUGAACUGGAUCCAGACCUCAGUCACAGGUAGAUGUUAUCUGAACUGGAUCCUGACCUCCGUCACAGGUAGAUAUUAUCUGAACUGGAUCCACACCUCCGUCACAGGUAGAUGUUAUCUGAAUUGGAUCCUGACCUCCGUCACAGGUAGAUGUUAUCUGAACUGGAUCCACACCUCCGUCACAGGUAGAUGUUAUCUGAACUGGAUCCUGACCUCAGUCACAGGUAGAUGUUAUCUGAACUGGAUCCUGACCUCCGUCACAGGUAGAUGUUAUCUGAACUGGAUCCAGACCUCAGUCACAGGUAGAUGUUAUCUGAACUGGAUCCUGACCUCCGUCACAGGUAGAUGUUAUCUGAACUGGAUCCACACCUCCGUCACAGGUAGAUGUUAUCUGAACUGGAUCCUGACCUCAGUCACAGGUAGAUGUUAUCUGAAUUGGAUCCAGACCUCCGUCACAGGUAGAUGUUAUCUGAAAUGGAUCCAGACCUCCGUCACAGGUAGAUGUUAUCUGAACUGGAUCCAGACCUCAGUCACAGGUAGAUGUUAUCUGAACUGGAUCCAGAUCUCCGUCACAGGUAGAUGUUAUCUGAAAUGGAUCCAGACCUCCGUCACAGGUAGAUGUUAUCUGAAUUGGAUCCAGACCUCAGUCACAGGUAGAUGUUAUCUGAACUGGAUCCUGACCUCAGUCACAGGUAGAUGUUAUCUGAACUGGAUCCUGACCUCCGUCACAGGUAGAUGUUAUCUGAAAUGGAUCCAGACCUCCGUCACAGGUAGCUGUUAUCUGAACUGGAUCCUGACCUCAGUCACAGGUAGAUGUUAGGUUUUUUUCGGUUUUUGGUAUUACCAGUUCAGUUCGGUACUCCGUCUUGGACCAGGUUUUUGUUUUUUUUUUUAGACUGACCGGACUGCAUACUCGGGCGGAAUGUAGGCGGAGUGGACUCAGUGGAGGUCUGCCCGGUAAAAGCGGACUUUUGCAAGCCCUGUGCGUGCAAAGCACGACCGCACGGACUGCGCACCAGUGUCACACAAAAGAUUGCUCGGCAUGUAUUUUUCACAUUGCGGGGAUUUUUCACUGACAUUUUUACCGGAAACUACAACGCGGUAGUGCGCUCGACUAUGGAAGCCCGAAUAACUGCGGACAUUCCUGGCCUGGAGUCCGCUCCACUUAUAGUACGCCCGAGUCUGUGAGCACCUAUAGAUAGGAACAGAGUGCCGACAUCAAAGGCCGUCGGAGUCUGUGAGCACCUAUAGAUAGGAACAGAGUGCCGACAUCAAAGGCCGUCGGAGUCUGUGAGCACCUGUGUCUGCCUCUUCG